AUGCACGAUCCCGGAACCAACUUCAAUUCAACAACGUUCCGAAGCUACCUCAAAGGUAUUAGCAGCAUUCUAAAGCAGAUGCUUAUAAAGGCCCAUCAUAGCGUCGGGCUAGUAGAACGCUACCACGUCCUUGUGCGACGCGCCUUUAAGAUCGUCACAAAAAAGCUUCCAAAGGCCCUAAGAGAAGACCGGCUUCAAAUAGCUAUCAAAGCCAUUAACGAUACAGCUGGACCUAAUAGCCUAGUUCCUACACUCCUCGUUUUUAAGACCUUACUAAAGCUAACGGAACAAGAUCGACCUGCCGCGUCUACCCAAGAGCGUGCUGCUGCCAUUAACAAGGCUAUAAAGGAAGUACGAAAAUGCCACGCUGCAAAGCAAGUUAAAGACGCGCUUAAGAAAAAGAAUAGGCCAAUUACGGAGCAUACCCUAGACCUCCCUAUUAGUUCACGGAAGUACAAUCUUAGUAUCCCGACCGUGCCCGACGAAAAGGAGGGCGAUUCUUACGUUCUAUUUACCAAGGACUCCGAGGUGCUAGUUACCGACAAGGAACGCCGAGACCAUAAGCUCUCAGCUAAGCUACGAGCCGAAGGAAUCAUUAAGAGCCUUAAAGCACUAUUUCAAAAGUCUAAAGCAAAGGAAUUAGCUGGAUUGAUAGCUCAAGGCAUCCUUUAA